UUGAUAAAAUAUAUCCCACAUAAUCUCCACGUUGCCUUGUGAUGAUCUCCAAAGAAUCUACAUCCCUGCAAUUACGGACUAAUAAAGCUUCCAAGUUUUUUGUCCCCCCUGCUUAAUUGAUUUUUCUUUCUUUCUUAGAUCGAUCCAAGAUACAAGAACACAGAUAACAUUGAUCAAUCUUCUUCUGUUACUCUGUUUUUCUCACUUAUCAGUUGACCUAGGUGAAUAACUCAAAUCAGAUUAAUGGGUAUUUUACUUUCCUGUCUUCGCGUUCCGGAGCAAGGUAAUGAGUCUCGAAACGUAUCCAGAAUCCCAGCCUUCAGCCACCCAAUAAUGAAUAACUUUCCCCUCAAGUUCGAGCAACUAUCUCGAAACCUGGAAAGAAGGGAAUUUUCCUCUGUCACCAACAAAGAAGAAGACGUUUGUCCGACAUGUUUCUAUGAGUACACUGAGGAUAAUCCGAAAACAGUUCUACAAUGUGGACAUAUCUUUCACCUCGCCUGCAUCUAUGAAUGGAUGGAGAGAAGUGCAGCUUGUCCCUUUUGUUCCAAGACAAUGCUUUUCUUGGAGGGUGAAAUUACAGAGCAGGUGGAGUAACUAUAAGAGAUCCUCAGAUUCUUGGCGGCUGCAAAAUUUUCAUCGUAAUCAAUUCUUUCUUAAAUUAUGUUGUAACUAAUUUUUUAAUAGAUUUUGGAGGACUUCGACCAGAUUCUUUUGGCUUGUUAUUUGGAAAAAAUUGAUCAGCUAUUUUUAUGUGGUAUUUAAUCAAUUGAUAUGUGAUAAAAUCCAUUUGGGAUAAGGACUGCGUUGAGAAUGUACCUUUAUCUCUCAGUCUACUUCUGUGUAUCUCGUAUUUAAUGGAUUUUUUUUAUAACACUAAUGGAUAUU